AAAUUGGCGAUGUCCAUGCAAUGGGCAAGGCCGUUUGUUUAUUUCUGGAUGGUGAUAAAUUAGCGGUUCGUGAUUGUGCCGUGUGGAAUAUCCGCGUUGCCGGCCCGUGGCGGCUCUUCUGCGCUGUUCUCUCAUUUUGCUGCGGAUUCUCCGUUUUCUCGUUGCUGUCGCAAAAAUGCACGUGCCGCAUUGACCAAACGUGCGAUUUGUCCAAUUCACGGGCGUUCGUCUUUCUUCGGAGUGCUGAAGGUACAUUUUUAAAUUCAGCGGCGUGCCCCACCGUUUUUUACGAUGAUAAUAGCGAAGCUGAGGUCGCCUCAGAAACGGCCAUUGCUGAUGAAGGCCUCCGUUGUGCGUGUCCCGCAGUCCGGUGUUCACGUCUUUAUCGCAUGCAUUAGGAACAACGAGGCGUGCAGAGUGCCCAGGCACCUUAAACGAGUGAACAAGAUAGGCGAUGGAAGCGCGCUGGUGCUUUAUGGAAUGGGGGAGUUGAGCGGCUUCAUAGUUGUUGAUGUUCCGGCUGACUACCCAGCAAGUCGUGAUGAGCAUGCUGUUUACAACAAGAUGUGGCCGUGCUACUACCAUCCUGUGCGUGAAGAGAAGGUGGAUGAAGAGUAUGUUAGCAGCUGUUACACGAGGAUGCUGAGCGAGAUGAGGGGGAGCAAAGCGGAUAGAGAAGUGCAGGCUGGCAGGGAGGAUUGUGGUACGGGGUGCAGAGCGGUGCAAGGCGAUGCGCACGAAAAAAGCGAUACGAGCGUAGAUCAUGGAGGAGCAGGUGCGAAGGAUUGUACCAGGCCGGCCAGUCAGCCUGCUAAGGACGGUGGAACAGCAUGUGCAUGCAUCUGCUUGAUAGCAAAUCCUGCAAACAGGCGGAUAUUGGCGGUGGAGAGGGACAGGGAUGACAUCCUUAGCCACGGCAUCCUCAGCGCCGUCACGGCUGUUUCGCAGCUGCAGAUUGACUACCUGUGCACGGGACUGGACGCGUUUGUUCUGAACGAGCCCUGCUUGUCGUGCAGCAUGGCGUUUGUGCACGGCAGAAUACGGCGCGUGUUCUACGUGCAUGACGGCACGGGCACGUACAGCAAGCUGCGAAUCCACGGGUUCAAACGAUUCAACCACAGAUACGCCGUCUACAAGCUGUCCGAGUAGCGGCACAGCGGUUUGUUCCUCACCCGUCGUAUCAAAGCUGCCGCUGUUUCCCACACUCUGCUGUGUUUCACUUCUUAUGGCAGAUUCUGCAGGUGCAACCGCUCCCUGCUCGUAAAACAGAAUAUUUGCGGCAUUGUGAUCAAUAAAUUUGUUCUUGUGCUGUGAACAUCUUUACGCAGCAGGCGACACGCGCACUGAUCGCUGUGCUGAACUGUUCGUCCGUU